AUGACCCGGCCCCUGGAGCAGGCAAUAGCUGCCGUCGUGUGCACCUUCCAGGAAUAUGCAGGACGCUGCGGGGACAAGUACAAGCUCUGUCAGUCGGAGCUCAAGGAGCUGCUGCAGAAGGAGCUGCCCUCCUGGACCCCGACUGAGUUUCGGGAGUGCGACUACAAUAAAUUCAUGAGUGUCCUGGACACCAACAAGGACUGCGAGGUGGACUUCGCCGAGUACGUGCGCUCGCUGGCCUGCCUCUGUCUCUACUGCCACGAGUACUUCAAGGACUGCCGCCCAGAGCCCCCCUGUGCUGAGUAG